AUGCCACGAAAUUAUGAUAAAGGUUGUCGUUCAAAAACGUAUAAAAAAACAAAUCCAACUGAUCUCGCAAAUGCUGUCAAUGCAAUUAAAAGAAAGAGAAUGACUUAUCGUGAAGCACAGGAGGUAUACGGGAUUCACUACUCUGUUAUUUAUCGCCAUGUAAAGAAUAAUGACAUCAAAAAGCAAGGUGGGCAAACAUCAUUAAGCUUAAAUGAAGAAAACCUUUUAAUUGAUAAUAUAUUGCUAUGUGCUGAAAGGGGGUUUCCUCUUGAUAGGUUAGACUUACGUUUAUUGGUAAAAGGUUAUUUGGAUCGUAGAGGUAAGAAGGUUAAAAGAUUUGGAAGAUCAAAUAUGCCAGGUAAAGAGUGGGCGCAUAGUUUUUUAACCAGGCAUAGUGAUGUUUUAGCUGUACGGUUGUGCCAAACUAUUAAAAGGUGUAGAGCUGCAGUUUCUAGAGAAACUAUUAAUCAGUAUUUUGAUAAUUUGACAAUAUCUUUGGAAGGAAUACCUUUAUCCCAUAUAAUAAAUUAUGACGAGACUAACUUGACGGACGACCCAGGAAGGCGUAAAAUUAUCACCAAACGUGGAACUCGGUAUCCUGAGAGAAUUAUAAACAGCACCAUGACUUCAAUUUCAAUAAUGUUUGCUGCAUGUGCUGAUGGCACACUUUUACCACCAUGUACAGUGUACAAAUCAAAACAUUUACACGAGUCUUGGAGAAUUGGUGGUCCUAAAGAUGCAAGGUUUAAUCGAAGACCAUCAGGUUGGUUCGAUAGUCUGUGUUUUGAUGAUUGGAUAAAAUCUAUUGCUUUACCUUACUUCAGUAAAUUAUCUAGACCAAAAGUACUAAUUGGAGAUAAUUUAUCAAGCCAUUUGUCAACUGAUUCGAUUAAAUUAUGUAAGGAAAAUAAUAUUAGAUUUGUAUUUUUACCAAAUAAUUCCACACACCUGACUAAACCUCUUGAUGUAGCCUUUUUCAGGCCAUUAAAAAUACAUUGGAGAAAUAUAUUAGAACAGUGGAAAAAAACAGAAGGAAAGGAUGAAUGCUCACUCCCAAAAGAUAGAUUUCCUAGAUUGCUUAAACUAUUGUGGUUGAAAAUACAAGAAAAUGGUUCUGAAAAUAUUGUGGCAGGUUUUAACAAAUGUGGAAUAGCUCCAUUAAAUCGACAAAGAGUUCUUGAUAUGUUACCAUCCGACGAUAUAGACAAAACUGAUCCCAAUAUUGAGGCUGCUCUAUCUACAACACAUAAAGAUUUUUUAAAAGAAAUGCGGUUUUCAGAUCAAACCAAAAAGAGACAGACCAGAAAAAGAUUGAAUGUACAAACCGGUAAAAGCGUAGACACUGUUUCAUCAGAGGAAGAAAUAAAUGAAUAG